CAGAGUCUGCCAACUCCCAGAGCGACUCGCCGGAACUAUAGACACGCGACCCUAGCGUGGUCUGUUUCUUCGCUUUCCGGCUCCAUCCGGGAAUCCGGCGAGCGCCGCGCGGGCACCGGGGACUGGAGGCGGCAGCGCGGGGCCGAGAGCGGCUCUCUUGGUGUCCUAGGCAAUGGGUGAUAGUGAUGAUGAGUACGACCGCCGGCGUAGGGAUAAGUUCCGUCGGGAGAGAAGUGACUACGAUCGCUCCCGGGAACGUGAUGACCGGCGCCGGGAUGAUUGGAAUGACAGGGAGUGGGACCGUGGCCGGGAGCGCCGGAGCAGAGGCGAGUACCGGGACUACGACCGCAACCGCCGGGAGCGUUUCUCCCCCCCCCGGCAUGAGUUGAGUCCUCCGCAGAAACGCAUGCGCCGUGACUGGGAUGAGCACAGUGCUGACCCCUACCACAGUGGGUACGAGAUGCCAUACAGCGGGGCAACCGCUGGCCCCACUUACGGACCUCCGCAGCCUUGGGCGCACCCCGAAAUGCAUGUCAUGCAACAGCACCACCUUCUACCCAUCCAAGCCAGCAGGCUGGGCAACAUUGCAGAAGUGGACGUCGGCAUGGCACCACCAGUCAUGAAGAGUUUCAAGGAGUUCCUGCUGUCCCUGGAUGACUCGGUGGACGAGACGGAGGCUGUCAAGCGGUACAACGACUACAAGCUGGAUUUCCGGCGCCAGCAGAUGCAGGAUUUCUUCCUGGCGCACAAGGACGAGGAGUGGUUCCGCUCCAAGUACCACCCGGAUGAAGCGGGGAAGAGAAAACAGGAAGCCCACAGUGCCCUGCAGAACCGGCUCAGUGUCUUUCUCUACCUCAUGGACAAUGGCUGGUUCGAGAACUUGCAGUUGGAUAUCGACAAGGCCAAUGCUAUCAUCAAGAUGCUUGAUGCUGCGGUGAUCAAGAUGGAGGGUGGCACAGAGAAUGACCUCAAAAUUCUGGACCAGGAAGAAGAGGAGGAGAGGCAGGAUAAGGCUGAGCCAGGGAAAAAGGAGGACAACCGCCUGCCCGACGUGGACCGGAAGGGCUCAGACAAAGACGACAAGAAGGAGGAAGGCAAAAAGGCUGAUGGUGACGAGCCAGUUGAGGAUAAAGCCAAGAAAUCCUCUGCGGAGGAAGAAGAGAAGCCGGAGAAGGAGGAAGAACCAGAGAAAGAGGCCAAAAAGGCUAGCAAGAAGCGGAAGCGGAAGCGCAGUGGGGAUGACAGCUAUGACGAGGGCAGUGUCUCCGAGUCAGAGACAGAGUCAGAAAGCGGCCACGCCGAGGACGACGACAAGGAGGGGGGUGCAGAGGAGAAACCCAAGGAAGAGAAGAAGGCCGAGGAGGAGGAGGCGGCAGUGGUGGCGAAGACCAAGGAGAAGGAUGGGGGGGAAUGCAAACCUCGUCCACUGCACAAGACAUGCUCCCUCUUCAUGCGUAACAUCGCGCCCAACAUCUCCCAGGCUGAGAUUGUGGCGCUCUGCAAACGCUACCCGGGCUUCAUGCGAGUGGCGCUGUCCGACCCUCAGCCUGAACGGAGGUUUUUCCGCAGGGGCUGGGUCACCUUCAACCGCAGUGUGAACAUCAAGGAGAUUUGCUGGAGCUUGCAGAACAUCCGGCUACGGGAGUGUGAGCUGAGCCCAGGCGUGAACCGGGACCUGACACGUCGUGUGCGCAAUGUGAACGGCAUCACACAGCACAAGCAGAUUGUGCGCAAUGACAUCAAGCUAGCAGCCAAGCUGAUCCACACCCUGGAUGACCGCACUCAGCUGUGGGGUGCAGGCGAGCCCUGCGAGGGCACCCAGCUCUCGAGCCUGCCCUCACAGAACCCCAUCCUGAAGAACAUCACGGACUACUUGAUUGAGGAGGUGAGCGCAGAGGAGGAAGAGCUGCUGGGGAAGAGUGGGGAGGCCACGGACGAGCCCCCCAAGGAGGGGAACCCAGCUGAGAUCAACGUGGAGAGAGACGAAAAGCUCAUCAAGGUGCUGGACAAGCUGCUGCUCUACCUGCGCAUUGUGCACUCCGUGGAUUAUUACAACACCUCGGAGUAUCUCAAUGAGGACGAGAUGCCCAAUCGCUGCGGCAUCAUCCACGUGCGUGGGCCUAUGCCACCCAACCGCGUCAGCCAUGGGGAAGUGGCCGAAUGGCAGAAGACUUUCGAGGAGAAGCUGUCUCCACUGUCCACUGUGCGGGAGUCGCUGUCAGAGGAGGAGGCCCAGAAGAUGGGCAAGAAGGACCCAGAGCAGGAGGUGGAGAAGUUUGUUACGGCCAACACCCAAGAGCUGGGCAAGGACAAGUGGCUCUGCCCACUCAGUGGCAAGAAAUUCAAGGGUCCUGAGUUUGUACGCAAGCACAUAUUCAACAAGCAUGCGGAGAAGAUCGAGGAGGUGAAGAAGGAGGUGUCCUUCUUCAACAGCUUCCUGAUGGACGCCAAGCGCCCAGCAUUACCCGAGCUCAAAGCCAACCAGCCCCCUGUACCAGGGCAGGGUCUUACCCCUGGGCUGCCGUAUCCUCACCAGACGCCCCAGGGCCUAAUGCCCUAUGGACAGCCCCGCCCACCCAUGAUGGGAUAUGGUGGAGGUCCCCCCUACCCUCAUGCCCCCUAUGCCGCUGGCCGAGGUAACUAUGACAGUUUCCGGGGGCAGGGCGGCUACCUGAACAAACCACGGAACAGGAUGGUUCGGGGUGACCCCCGCGCUAUCGUCGAGUACAGAGACCUCGAUGCCCCUGAGGAUGUGGAUUUCUUCUGAGAUGGCACUGCCCCUUGUUUUAAGCUCCGCCUCAUUCCCCACAGACUGCCCCUCCCCUGUUUUUUUUAUACAAAUGUCUGCUGCCGACUUUACCGCCCCACCCCCAUACAUUUUCCUUUUGUACAUUUCAUUUUGUCGGUCCCAACUUGAUUUCAAUAAAUCCAUGGAUAUAAACCUCA